AUGAUGUCAGACUCGUCCUGGCAAAAGGGGGUCUUGCCUCAGAGCGGCGUUGGGCCACAAGAGGUGAUGAUGAUGAUACGUUGAAAACUUCAUGUCUUAACCCGAUGGCCGUCGUGUGGAGUCAAAAGGAAGCAAAAAAAAAAAAGCCUUAUUUAUUAUCAUUUUCCCCACUGUUGGCAUGGCAACACAGGCGUACGUUACGGAAUUACAGGCAGCUCAGCAACAGUCACAACAGCAACAGGCGCAGCAACAGCCGGCGGCGACGGCGACAACGGCAGCACCAGCAGCAGCCCAGCAACAGUAUGUAGCGGAAUUGCAAAGCCCGCAGCAACAACCAGCCACUCAGAAACAGUAUGUCUCGGAAAUCCAGGCCCCCCAGCCGCAGGCUCAGGCCACGGGCCAACCGACUCCAACACCAGCCCCACAGCAGUAUAUCAUAGUCACGGUGUCCGAAGGUGCCAUGAGGCCCAGUGACUCCGUCUCUGAGUCCAGCCCGGGCUCGACGGCCACACAGUCCGGGGUGCCAACACAGGUGGUGCAGCAAGUCCAGGCCACGCAGCAGAGGCUGUUGGUUCAAGCCAGCGUGCAGGCUAAGCCACCUUCGGUAUCCCCCCUCCAGCUAACAGGUGUGCAAGUGCCGCAGCAGCGGCUGGUGGUGCAGAGUACUUCCCAGGCUAGCAAAGGGAGCCAAGUCUCGGUGACCGUGCACAGUGUUCAGCAGCAGGUCCAUUCUCCACCUGAGCACUCCCCUGUCCAGAGCAACAGCUCCACCGCCAAACCAGGACAAGUGCAGCAGCUUCAGGUGCAUGGAGUCCAGCAAGUGCCCGUCUCGCAAGAGCGCUCGGUCGUGCAGACCACCCCCCAGACCCCGAAAUCGAGCACAGUACAACAGCUGACGGUGCAAGGACUCCAGCAGGUUCACGUCACUCAAGAGAGCGCAGGCAGUGAGUUCCCUGGUCCGGCUAGGAACAGUGAGCAGCAGCAGCAGCAGCCGCAGGCAGUGCAGCAUCCUCUCUCCUUAGAGUGUAGCAGCGGGACGCAUCCGCUGGCCAGCUGCUGUCUAGCCAGCCAAGAGCACAGGCUCCACUAUCUCCACUCGCUAGAAUCCACUUCGGAGCAGUGGGUGGAACUGGUCCGAAUGCUUCCUCAGCACCUCCUCCUCCCGCAGCAAAAGGUGGUGAUUGAGCAGCUGCCGUUCCUCUCCUCUCAUCACGCCAGUCCCGACCAGAGAGUCAAGAUUCAGAGAGUCCCUCAGGUGCUAGUGUUUGGGACAGCAGCUACAGCUCUUAAAGUGCAGCAGCUGCAGCAGGUGCCCGUCCAGCAUGUCUAUCCCAACCAGGUGCAGUACGUGGAAGGGGGCGACGCCAGUUACACAGCGAGCACCAUACGUUCCAGCACUUACCCGUACACAGAGACCCCUCUCUAUACGCAGAACACAGGAGCUAAUUAUUAUGAAUCGCAAGCCACCCCGGCGCAGGUCACCACUCCUGCAACCUCCCAGACCGUGGCCAGCACUGGAUCCGUCCCUAUGUACGUCUCCGGAGGGCAGAUCAUAGCCAAUCCAAGCGGAGGAGGCGGCGGCGGCGGCGGCGGAGGAGGUGGUGGCGGCGGAACGGGAACCUAUGUGAUUCAGGGAGGAUACAUGUUAGGAAGCUCCAGUCAGUCUUACUCUCACACCACACGUGCCUCUCCAGCAACCGUCCAGUGGCUGCUGGAUAACUACGAGACGGCCGAGGGCGUGAGCCUGCCGCGCAGCACCCUCUACUGCCAUUACCUGCUGCACUGCCAGGAGCAGAAACUGGAGCCAGUAAACGCAGCGUCUUUCGGCAAGCUGAUCCGAUCCGUGUUCAUGGGACUCCGCACCCGCAGGCUUGGCACACGAGGGAACUCCAAGUACCACUACUACGGCCUCCGCAUCAAAGCCAACUCACCACUGCUGCGCCUGAUGGAGGAUCAGCAGCACCUGGCCAUGAGGCAGCAGCCCUUCUCCCAGAAGCAAAGACUCAAGCCCAUUCAGAAGAUGGAGGGGAUGACCAACGGGGCGGCGGUGGGCCAGCAGCCGGGCUCCGGGCUGUCUGACAUCAGUGCUCAAGUGCAGCAGUAUCAGCAGUUCCUGGAUGCGUCACGGACCCUCUCCGAGUUCUCUGAAAUAGACCUACAAGGGAAACCUCUGCCUGACGGCAUUGGGGCAGAGGAUGUGAAGGCCUUCCAGCUGCUCUACCGAGAGCAUUGUGAGGCCAUCGUGGACGUGAUGAUAAACCUGCAGUUCACUCUGGUGGAGACCUUGUGGAAGACCUUCUGGAGGUACAACUUGAAUCAGCCCAGUGAAGCCACCCCCAUAGCAGUUCACGAUGAAGCAGAGAAGCGUCUCCCAAAGAACUGCCUGGUGAUACUGUCCAAAUACGAACCUGUCCUGAAAUGGACAAAGGACUGUGACAACAUGCUGUACCAGGGGCUGGUGGAGAUCCUCAUCCCCGACGUUCUCCGGCCCAUUCCCAGUGCCUUGACGCAAGCGAUCCGAAAUUUCGCAAAAAGUUUGGAAAGCUGGUUAACCAACGCAAUGAUGAAUAUUCCUGAAGAGAUGGUCCGAGUGAAGGUGGCAGCAGCAAGUGCCUUUGCCCAGACUCUGCGGCGAUACACCUCCCUGAACCACCUCGCCCAGGCCGCCCGGGCCGUAUUACAGAAUACGGCCCAGAUCAACCAGAUGCUGAGCGACCUCAAUCGGGUAGACUUUGCAAACGUCCAGGAGCAGGCCUCAUGGGUAUGCCGCUGUGAGGACCGCGUGGUGCAGCGCCUGGAGCAGGAUUUCAAGCUGACCCUGCAGCAGCAGAACUCCCUGGAACAGUGGGCGGUGUGGCUGGACGGGGUGGUCACCCAGGUCCUCAAGCCCCACCAGGGCAGCUCCAGCUUCCCCAAGGCCGCCAAGCUUUUCCUCCUCAAGUGGUCCUUCUACAGCUCCAUGGUAAUCCGGGAUCUGACCCUGAGGAGCGCCGCCAGCUUCGGCUCCUUCCAUCUCAUCCGGCUCCUCUACGACGAGUACAUGUACUACCUGAUAGAGCACCGAGUGGCCCAGGCCAAGGGAGAGACCCCCAUCGCUGUCAUGGGAGAGUUUGCCAACCUGACGAGCUCCUUGAAUUCUCUGGACGCAGACAAAGAUGAGGAGGAGGAGGAAGAGGAGGAGAGCGACGACGAGAUGCAGCAGGAGAUUUCCCUCAACUCCAAUGACUCCACCAGCCUGACAGCCGAGCCCCUGGAACCCCCCUCCAAGCUCUCACGGACGGACUCCAGGGGGAUCUUUGUGCAGGCUCUGCCUUCCAGCUAGAGGCCAGAGCGACGCCUGCGUGGGCCUGGAGUCAGAACCGCCCAGCCAGAGCCGAGUCCUGUGUCCAGUUGCUCCCGGCUGCUGCCUAGCGAUAAAGCUGAGCUAUUCCUUGUCUCCGAGUGGUAUGCAAAGCGCUUUCAUUUCCGCCCCCGGCCCCGCUGAGCCCGGGCUCGCCCCCCUCCCCAGCGCGGGUGCUCUGUGGGCUGCGGAAGGCUUGUGCAGGGAGAGGGCCCCGUUAGGGGGGAGGCGAAGCAAGAUGCCAUUUCACACCACUACACCCCUCGCCCCCGCUCCGACGCCCCGGGCUGGGUGGCUCCUGCAGGGCUGCUGUCCUGCCGUGUGGGGGAGCAGCUCCCUCCCCAGCCGGGCACAGGGCUGCUGGCCUCCAGCUUCGCUGCUUUUUACUUUCCCGAGAUGCAGCUUCUGCCCUUUCCCAGGUGUGGCAGAGAGCAUCAUGGGACUUCUGAACAGGAGGCAAGUGCCUGUCUCCACCCCUCACCUGCCAGCCCCUCCUAGCUGUCAGAGCCGCGGUCCAGCGGGACGAUUCACUUGGACUCACCCAGGCAGCGAUUGAACCAGCCCCCCUGUCCACACGGGCCCAGGCUGUCCAGCAAGCUCCUUGCACAGCCAGUCUGGCUCCCAGCUUCCCCCCGCCAGGGAAGGUACGGCAAGCCAGUGCCAGUGGGCGGGGCUGCAGCUCCGCGAGAGCAGGUGUAGCGUCCUUUAGAGAGCUGCACAAUCAAAGGGCCGCGUCCCCUCGCUUUUAGUGGCUAAGGGACUCGUGCAGGGCAGCCCCCAGUGGGGCUUGUGGGGGCUGGCCAUGCUAGCCCCUGGCACACCUCACAGGUCAUUUAUAAUGACUCCCAUUGGCAAGGGCACAGGGGCCAGCUCUGUGUCAUCAGCGCGCUCAGCCGCCCCGGGGAAGGCUCCGGGGCCCAGCCCCUUCGCUCCCUGUACGGCUCAGCGCUGCCCUCUCCCACCUGCCGGCCGGCCGGCCUGCACGGGGCUGAAACCUGGAAUUCCGGGUCAGCUCCUGCUCGCCAUGCAGGGGACGUGCGGCAGAACCCACGUGCCUUAGGGAAUAUGCAUUUGUUGUGCCAUACGCUUCAGCUGCCGGAGCAGCCCCGGCCAGGAGGCUCCUUAGAGAACAGGCUGGGGUGGGGGAGACGGACGGGGGCUGAGCGGAUAUUUCUCCUCUCAGCCGCAAUGCGGGAUUACGGCACAGAACCCGUGGAACUGGCAAAGCCACGGCCAGAAAACCAGCGGCGUCUCUUAGUGGGCGAGAGCAGGAGCCGUGGCAAAGCUGCCCUGGCAGUGAUCUGAGUCUGUCGCAGCCCCCUGGGAAGUUACGUCCCCCCCUCCCUGCACAAUCCCUCGCGGCUUCGUUCUUCCCCUCCCGCACAUCACGCUGCCGCUUGGUCCUGCUGGUUCCAGGAAGGGGGGUGAGGAAUCUCCGGCCCCCCCCGGCCUAUUUCAUUCCUGGUCUUGGAUCUCUUCUCUCGCUCGUGUAUUUUCUCCCCUCUCGGGGUUGGGAGCUCAGCCCUCGACAUUCCCAUCCUCACACAGAAGCUGUUCUCCCAGCGGCUCUGCUUAAACCCUCCCUAGUCGACCCAGUGAGCUUUGCCUGCUCGUGCUAACGGCUGUCGCAGAUCCAGGCUCUGUCUGGGGCUCCUGCUCCUGGUGUUGUCCCAGCCGGCAGGCAGGCCCUGGGGGAACAGGAGACUCCAGAGAGCAGAGCUGUUUCACGGGCAGUUCUUCGCUCCCAGAGCCUCUGGCUACGUGCGUUCGUUCCAGGACGGCAGCUUCGGCUGCAGUGCAGCCCUGUCUGCCCUCUGCCCACGGUCCUGGCUCUUUAGAUCAGCCCCCGAAGGGGCUGGGUCUCUGCUUCGCGCUCCAGCGGCCACGAGACCCAGAGACCUUCUCCCCUGGCCCUCCCCACAGGGAUCCCCAGGCUCCUGGCCUGCAUGUGCCAGGCAGGGCAGAGUGCUGGCCGGCCCCAGGGAGGGGGCUACUCAGCCAUAUGGCACGCAGCCUCCCGGCUCUGCCCCGUAUGCAGGCUGGGUUAUGGGCCCCGCUUGCCCCUGCUGCUGGCGCUGCCUAGCUGGCGCAUCGCAGCGCCCUACGCUUGGCCAGUGCCCCCAGUGAGACAUACCGGGGGCCUCUUAGCAUCUCCUCCACAGCACCCCCUUGCGCACCGUCCCGGAAGGACGCUCUGCUCUUCGGUCAGGCAGCCGGCCCGGCCUUUCCUAGUCCCCUUUCUGCUGGGACAGCCCUGGGCUAGCAGGCCGAGGGGCAGCCCGCCGUGCUGACAAGCCCCGGGGCAGCUGGAGCACUGAUCUUCGCUCAGGCUGUAGGAGCAGUGCAGUAAAGAAGGGAGGGUUCUGAGCAGCAUUGCGGGACCGGGGGGCAGGUUAGAAUGUCCGAACCCCCACACUGGGGGCUUCCUGGCAAUCAUGUUCAGCCCCUGACAGCUCCCCCCAAGAUGGUCAGAUGACCUCUGACCUCAGGCGGCUGGAGGGGCCGAAUAAAAGCCCGUUCCCUGCUCUGGAGUCCUGCUGCGGGGUGAGAGCUCAGCUGCUCUCUGCCGGGGAUUCCCGCAGCCCCAGCCCCCGUGGGCAGGGCUCAGCCCGGCAGCCCAGAGCUCCUGCUGCUCCCCUUCUUCAUUCCCACCGUGGCUCCGCUAAGCUCCCUCGGGGCCAGGGCAUUGCUACCCUGGGGUCCUGGAGAGCUGUGGCCGGCUGGGGCCCCCCCCGCCAGCCCCCGCCCCAGCACUGCCCCAGCCGGCAGGGCAAAGGGUGAGUGAAUCCGGACAGGGCAUCCGGUCUCAGCCGGUUAGGCUGGAGUGAGGCAUGGGCAGGGUGCAGCCCCCCAGCAAUCGGCAGCGUUUCUCCAGCGGGCAGGGGGCUUCGGCUGCUGGGGAGGAUACAACCCGGCCCUCGCUUUCCACCAGCCAGGCAGCGGGAGGGGCCGUGUUCUGGGGAACGCUGCCCUACACCCCCACCCCAGGCCGCUCUCACCCUGCUCCCUCACGGCUCCCAGGAGUCCAACCCUCCUGAGAUUGCACGGCCCAGAGUGCCCCCGGCUGCACCGCUCGGAGCACAGGCCAGGCCUGGCUAGCGGAGUGCAGCUGGCUUUGUAUUUCACCGACUCCCAUUGCAGCCGGUUCUGUGCCCUCGUCCCCGCCCCAGGGCCAGGCUCUGGGCUCCCCUGCGGGGCUGGUGGCUCCUUUCGCCCAUGUAACAGGAGCCCACUCCUCGUGCAAGUGCAAUUCCAGCUGGGUGCUGCUCAGGCUCUUCCAUAGGAGUCGCCACCUCCCAAGGACCCGCCCCGGGGAGCCAAGCAGACCCAGCCCCUUCCCUGCCUGCUGGAGCUGCUGAGUGUGCUCGAUGGCUCCAAGGCAAGGCCCUGCCCACGUGCCAAACCCCCCCCCCAUAGGUUGAACCCCCAGCAGGUGAUUUGCUGAGAACUGCCCCAGGCUGUAGCGCCCAGGGCAAGGCCCAUUCACGCCCCUAGUGGAGAGACUCAGGAGAGCUGCAGUCAUUGCCCAUUGCCCCGGCCACCAGCCCAGCCUCAUGCAGCUCCCAGCCAGUUUCCAUUGUUGCACGGUUCCAGGCCGCCCCCACCGCGUCUCACAGCAAAGGGUCCUUGCUUGGCAAACACCUUGUUGCUGCUUAUCUGUGUCUUCGACAGCUUCCCCCUCAGCUAGCAAAGUGCCCCCGUUUCCCAUUGCAAACCCUGCAAGAGGGGACUCGACCCUCCCACUGUGAAAACGGCUGAUGUCACCCCGGAGCUCUCACGCCCACCUGGGACCCUGACGGCCACGUGCCAGAGCUCGGAGCCCCUGAGAGCUCGGGGCCAGCGAGAACGUAUCGGGGCUAGAGAAACACACACUAGCUCUGGCAUCCCCGGUCCAGCACAGGGAAGGCGGCAGCGGCCACCAAAACCGUCAAGAACUAGGUAGUUUCACUGUUAGCUUCCAGCCGAGGCGUUAGGACAAUACGAGGGUAGCUGCUCCCACCCCCUACGACCCUCCUCUGCACUUGAGCUCCCCCCCGGCUUUGGUUUAGGAACAUUCAAGUCCUGUCCUGUUGCCAUUCAGACUUGUGGCAUGACCCCCCCUCGCCCCCCCCCAAAACCUACCUGCACUCCCCCCCCCCCCCCCGAGCAGGAUGGUCAGACACGAUCUUGCCUUUCUUUUGAGUUGCUGCCUUAUAAAAAUACCCUCUGCCCAACCCAUGAGCGAUGCUCUCCAUCAGGGGGUGGGUCUGGGAUCUUGCUUAGCCCCCGGUGCUGCUCUGAGAGAACACAGCAAAACGCUCCCUGGCGUCCCUCCUCUCCGCUAGUAACCAAGAGCCCAGCAGUCAGGCUCGGCCACUCUCCGCGCGCCAGAAACCAAGCUCGACUCUACCGGUU